AUGGGUCUUUUUUCAAGAAAACGGGACCAUACGCCUGCUGUGUCCAAGGAGAAACUUAUUCCAUGUGAUAAGAUAUUUCUGGACCCACCUGCCAAGUAUGGUAGCACUACUUCAUUGGAACCACUCAGUGAAGAUCAAAAUGAAAAAUAUAGAGCUGUCUUGCGACAUUUCGAGGACAAGAGCUUGGAAUUGCCGGAAAAUCUUAACAAUCUUGAUGAUGGGACGAAUGCCAAUUCUAGACCGUUGAGUGAUUGGGAAAAAUUUUGGCUUUCCAGGGAGUGUCUCCUAAGAUACCUAAGGGCCAAUAAAUGGAACACCGCCAAUGCCAUAAAGGGCCUGACCAAAACUUUGGUUUGGAGGAGAGAAAUUGGACUCACGCAUGGUAAAGAAGACAAAGAUCCUCUAACCGCAGAAAAAGUUGCUGUUGAGAAUGAAACUGGUAAAGAAGUUAUUUUAGGCUUUGAUAACGCUAAGAGGCCUCUGUAUUACAUGAAAAAUGGUCGUCAAAACACUGAAUCUUCAUUCAGGCAAGUUCAACAGCUGGUUUACAUGAUGGAGGCUGCAGUAACCGUUGCUCCUCAGGGCGUGGAAAAAAUCACGGUUUUGGUAGAUUUCAAAAGUUACAAGGAGCCAGGCAUCAUCACCGAUAAGGCUCCUCCCAUCUCCAUUGCCAGAAUGUGCUUGAACGUUAUGCAAGAUCAUUAUCCUGAAAGGUUAGCCAAAUGUGUCUUAAUUAACAUUCCAUGGUUUGCGUGGGCCUUUUUAAAAAUGAUGUAUCCGUUCCUUGACCCUGCCACUAAAGCGAAGGCCAUCUUCGAUGAACCAUUUGAAAAUCAUAUAGAGCCAUCUCAACUGGAUGCUUUAUACAACGGCCUGUUAGAUUUCAAAUAUAAACAUGAAGUUUACUGGCCGGACAUGGUCAAAAAAGUUGACGAUUUACGAUUGGAACGUUUUGAUAGAUUUUUAAAGUUCGGCGGCAUUGUUGGAUUAAGUGAAUAUGAUACCAAGGGCCAACAUGAAGAAUUAAAAUAUCCUGUCGAUAUGGUUAUUUAA